AUGGAAACGGGGAGUGCAGCAAGGACAAAUGGUACCACUGGGAAGCCAGAAGAUGUGAAGAGUUCAUCUGCCCCCAAAAAAGAAGAAGAAGCAAAGAAAACCACAAACCCUGGUGGAGGUGAGAAGGAACCUAUGAAGGGCACUGGCGGUGCUGCUUUGGAGACAGGGCAAAUCAAGAGCUCCCUCUUCUCUGGGAGUGACUGGAAGAGGCCCAUCAUUCAGUUUGUGGAGUCGUCCGAUGAGAAGAGAUCGACCUACUUCAGCAUGGAUUCAGCAGAUUCAAAGAAGAUGCAAUAUGCCGGUGGACAGAUUGGAGACAUGAGGAGACCACCUCUCUCCUUUGCAGAGAAAGGCGAUCUCAGGAAGUCCCUCUUCUCCUUGGAUUCCAAAAAGAGCUUCCUGCCUAGUGAAGGGGAAGCGAGGAAGUCGUUGUUCUCUGGGGGGCAGAUGGGGGACCUGAAGAAAACUCCCCUGUCUCUGGUGGAGACAGGAGACCUGAGACGAUCCACCUUCAACAAGCCUGACAGAGCCGGUGGGUCACGGCCCAGGGUGAAGCUGGAGGAUGUUCUGUGUGAUUCCUGCAUCGAUAACAAGCAAAAGGCUGUGAAGUCCUGCUUGGUGUGCCAGGCUUCUUUCUGCGAGCUGCACCUCAAGCCCCAUCUGGAGGGGGCAGCUUUCCGGGACCACCAGCUCCUGGACCCCAUCAAGGACUUUGAAGCAAGAAAAUGCCCUGUGCACGGGAAGACCAUGGAGCUGUUCUGUCAGACAGACCAGAUGUGCAUCUGCUACCUCUGCAUGUUCCAGGAGCACAAAAACCACAGCACAGUGACAGUGGAGAUCGAGAAAGCAGGAAAAGAGGCUGAGCUUUCACUGCAGAAAGAGCAACUGCAGCUGAAGAUCAUUGAGGUAGAAGAUGAAAUGGAUAAGUGGCAGAAGGAGAGGGACCGUAUCAAGAACUACACCACCAAUGAGAAAGCCACAGUGGACCAGCAUUUCAAAGAGCUGAUCCGUGACCUGGAAAGGCAGAGGGAUGAAGUGAAGGCUGCCCUGGACCAGAGGGAAAAGAUUGCAUCAGAGAAUGUGAAAGAAAUCGUGGAUGAGCUGGAAGAGAGGGCAAAGCUUCUGCGGGAGGACAAGGAGAACAGGGAGCAGAUCCACCAGAUCAGUGACUCCGUGCUCUUCCUGCAGGAGUUUGGUGCUUUGAUGAGGAACUAUGUCCCCCCUCCAUCUCUCCCAACAUACAGUGUGCUGCUUGAAGGGGAGAGCAUGAGCCCAUCUAUGGGACUCCUCAGAGAUGACCUCCUAAACGUCUGCAUGAGGCACGUGGAGAAGAUCUGCAAGGCCGACCUUGGCCGCAACUUCAUAGAGAGAAACCACAUGGAAAAUGGUGACCACCGGUAUAUGAUGAACAACUAUGAGUGGAACCAGCCCGACAACUUGAAGAGAUUUUCCAUGUUCCUGUCUCCCAAAGCCAAUUUCAACCCACGAUCAUGGGAAUUUUCCUCCUUCCAAGCGACUGAGGAAACACUUGGCAAUGGCACUAAGCUGCCUUUUCAGUUCUCCUCGGUGGGACAGAACCCGUCUGGUGACUUCAGCAAACAGUCUGAUGGGAGCCUCUUCACUAAGACCGCUUAUCCUUCAAUAGUGAGACAUCAGUCUGCAAAGGUGACGCCACAGACAUGGAAAUCCUCUAAGCAGUCUGUAUUGUCACAUUACCGCCCCUUUUACGUCAACAAAGGCAAUGGAGCCACUUCCAACGAGGCACCUUGA